UGGUGGCGGCCGCGGGCCGGGAGCGCGGCGGGGCCGGGAUGUGGCGGCGGCUGCGGGUGCUGAGGGACUGCGGGCGGAGAUGGCAGCACCGCCCGGCCAUCCAGGUGACCAACGAGCCCAUCCUGGAGUUCAAGCCGGGGAGCCCCGAGCGAGCAGCACUCCAGAAGGCCCUCGCUGACCUGAAGGGCAAGACCGAGGAGAUCCCUUGUGUCAUCGGGGGGGAGGAGGUGUGGACCCCCACGGUGAGGUACCAGCUCUCGCCCUUUAACCAUGCACACAAGGUGGCCAAGUACUGCUAUGCCAACAAGGAGCUCAUUAACAAAGCCAUUAACGCUGCCCUGGCAGCGAGGAAGGAGUGGGACCUGAAGCCUGUGCAGGACCGGGCCCAGAUCUUCCUGAAGGCGGCUGACAUGCUGAGCGGCCCGCGGCGAGCAGAAGUGCUGGCCAAGACCAUGGUCGGGCAGGGCAAGACCGUGAUCCAGGCGGAGAUCGACGCCGCCGCCGAGCUCAUCGACUUCUUCCGCUUCAACGCCAAGUACGCGCUGGAGCUGGAGCAGAGCCAGCCCCUGAGCGUGGACAUCAGCACCAACUCCAUGGUCUACCGGGGGCUGGAGGGCUUCGUGGCCGCCGUGUCCCCCUUCAACUUCACGGCCAUCGGCGGCAACCUGGCGGGGGCUCCGGCGCUGAUGGGGAACGUGGUGCUGUGGAAGCCCAGCGACACCGCCCUGCUCUCCAGCUACGCCGUCUACAAGAUCCUGCUGGAGGCCGGGCUGCCCCCCAACGUGGUGCAGUUCGUGCCCUCGGACGGCCCCGAGUUUGGGGACACUGUCACCAGCUCCGAGCACUUCUGUGGCCUCAACUUCACCGGCAGCGUGCCAGCCCCAGGCACAUUCCGGGACCUGCCCCACCUUGGCAGCUCCUCCCGUGGCCUUUCCCGUUUCCCAGAGUGCGGAGGGAAGAACUUCCACGUGGUGCACAGCUCUGCGGACGUGGGCAGCGCCGUGAACGGGAGCCUGCGCUCGGCCUUCGAGUUCGGCGGGCAGAAAUGCUCCGCCUGCUCCCGGCUCUACGCGCCGGCCGCGCUCUGGCCCCACAUCAAAGAGAAGCUGCUGGAGGAGCACGGGAAGAUCAAAGUGGGAGAUCCCACCCAGGACUUUGGGACGUUCUUCUCGGCCGUGAUCGAUGACAAGUCCUUUGCCAGGAUCAAGGGGUGGCUGCAGCACGCCCACAGCUCCCCAAACCUGACGGUGCUGGCGGGCGGCGGCUGCGACGACAGCGUGGGCUACUUCGUGGAGCCCUGCAUCGUGGAGAGCAGGGACCCCCGGGACCCCAUCAUGAGAGAGGAGAUCUUCGGGCCCAUCCUGACGGUGUUCGUGUACCCCGAGCAUCGCUACCGGGAGGUGCUGGAGCUCAUCGACACCACCACCCCCUACGGCCUCACGGGGGCGAUCUUCGCCCAGGAUAAGGCUGUCAUCGAGGAGUCCCUGAGGCUGCUGCGCCACUCCGCCGGCAACUUCUACAUCAACGACAAAUCCACGGGGGCCGUGGUGGCCCAGCAGCCCUUCGGGGGCUCCCGCAUCUCAGGCACCAAUGACAAGCCCGGUGGUCCCCACUACCUGCUGCGCUGGACGUCCCCGCAGGCCAUCAAGGAGACCCACGUGCCCCUGGGGGACUGGCGCUACGCCUACAUGCAGUGACCCUGGGGACAGCCAGCCCGGGGACAGCUGCCACCCCACAGCACUUACACUACUGAUCCCUAACCCCGCUCCUGGGAGUCAUUUAAAAAAAAAAAAACCUAAAAAAAAAGCGUUCAAUGGUAAAGCUCGGAGCUCCUCGUGGUGUCCUCGCUCAUGUGGCACUUGGGGACAUGAUGGUGUGGCAGUGGUUGGAUUUGGUGGCUUUAAAGGUCUUUUCCAACCUCA